CAGCUGCAGAGGAGCUGUCUGUCUGACAGUGACAGUGGAGUUACAGCACUGUACCAACAGUAACACGACAGAGGACUGAGAGGGGGCACACACAGACACAGAGGCUGGGAUGGAAGACUCUGGGCCUACGCUGGCAUCUGGGACCACUUCUAAUUCUAAUCCACCCAUAAUGGAGGAGUCUAGUGCCAAACUGUUCUGCUGCCGCUGGGUAAGGCACAGAAUCCCCCUGGCACUCAGAGAGGAGCUCUACCACAUUCUUCGGAUGACUGGACCCUUGGUAAGGACUGGCACUGCCCACCUAACCUGUUGUGCGUUAUUGUGUGUUUCCCAAAUGGCACCAUAUAUUCUCUAUAUAGAACACUACUUUUGACCAGGUUGUGCACUAUAUAGGGAAUAUAGGGUGCCAUUAGGGACACAACUAUUGUGUGGCCCUGUUUGGAAGUGGAUAGCUCUGUUGCUAGGGUUAUAGGUAGACUACUCUGUGAGAGUGAAAUACUAGGCUAAAGGAUGAACUGUGCAGUGCAUACUAAUGGCUCUAUGAUUUCUUUAAAGUACACUCCGAGGGCCACUAAAGCCCAUCAGAACUAGUGUUUCAAGUAUAUUUAUCUUUAUUGACUUAGAAGUAAUGUCUGUCCCAUUGGGCACAGACGUCAGUUCAGCGUCUAGUUUUGAUUUACAUUUGGUUGAGUUGUCAAAUAUUGUGAAUUCUGUGUGAAAUCAACAAAAAAUGUCACCAUGUCAUUGGAUUUAGGUGCAAAGUGAGGUGAAAUGUCCUUACAUUGAUGAAAUCCAAUGAGUUUUUAAAGUUGAUUCAACAUCAUCACAUAGAUUUUGGGGGUUGAAAUUAUGUGGAAACAAUGUUGAUUCAACCAGUUUUUGCCCAGUGGGGGGUUUGUUAUUGUUUAUGCACGUCUUCUUCCCCUAGCUGCUGUCUCGAAUCCUAAACUACCUGCUUCCGUUUGUCAUCACUAUGUUCUGUGGUCGCCUGGGGAAUGCAGUAUUAGCUGGCUACGGCCUGGCCUGCGCGGUGAGUCAGUCCUCUGGCUAUGUUGUGUAAUCUGCUAGGGUCUAUCAGCUUAGAUAAGAAAAUGGCUCGUCUGCAUGUGGUUAGAGAGGAGAGGGAGAAUGGAAAGAAAGAUUACAACAUCACCUCAGGUCCCCACAGAUUCUGGUGUUCCUUUGAAGAACCACAAGGGAGGGGAUAGCAAUGAUUUAAUCUAUUCUCAUAAAAAAAUUUAAAAAAUAAAAUGUACAGACAUACUGUAAGAAUGUAAAUCUUUAUGUAAUCGUGUGCUGUAAAUGUGUUUGAUGAUCAUCUUCUUCAGACUAUUAAUGUUACGACUGCAGCAACAGGAGGUGGACUUGCCUUAGCAUGUGACACUUUGGUAUCUCAGGUACGUAAAUAUAUUUUGAAACAUGCAGUUGAAGUAUAUGUUCCAGUUCAAAUAUAUGCAACUGUCACAGUAUGUGACCCUAGCGAUAAUGUCUCAUAUCAUUCAUGCUGUGUGUGUGUGUGUGUGUGUGUGUGUGUGUGUGUGUGUGUGUCUGAGCAGACAUUUGGUGGUAGGAACCUGCAGCGUGUGGGGGUGAUCCUGCAGAGGAGUGUGUUGAUCCUACUGCUCUUCUGUCUGCCCUGCUGGGCCAUGCUCCUCAACACCCAGUCUAUCCUGCUGGCUCUGGGCCAGGAGCCUGAGGUGGCCAGGUAUCAACUAAACUGUCAAAAUCAAAUCAAAUGUUAUUGGUCGCGUACACAUAUUUUGCAGAUGUUAUUGCAGGUGCAGCGAAAUGCUUAUGCUUCUAGCUCCAACAGUGCAGUAAUACCUAACUAUACAAAACAAUACACACACAUUUUAAGAAAGGAAUUAAGAAAUAUCAGAACAAGCAAUGUCAGAGUCCGGAAUAUAAAUAUAUAUGUAUAUGAUGGUGUGUAUAGGCUGUAUGGACAGUAUAUGAAUAGAAAAGGUGUGUACAGCAGUAGUUAUAUAGGAUGAGCCUUGACUAGAAUACACUACAUACAUAUGAAGUGGGUAAAAAAGGACUCUAUGUAAACAUGAUUAAAGUGACCAGUGUUCAAUGACUAUGUAGGCUACAUAGGGCAGAAGUCUCUAAGGUGAAGGGUAGAGUACCGGGUGGUAGUCGGCUAGUAACAGUGACUAAGUUCAGGGCAGGGUACUGGAAGGCUGGCUAGUGGUGACUAUUACAGUCUGAUGGCCUGGAGUCUGACUCACACUAUCGUACAAUACCACUUAUAUUAGGGCCAGGAGUUUUUCCUGACUAGAGAAAACUCUGGGCCCUGGUUAUACCCUAUAACUAGCUCCAGAGUUGUUCCUGACCCUGGUUAUACCCUAUGACUAGCUACAGAGUUGUUCCUGACUCAAAUCAAAUCAAAUCAAAUUUUAUUUAUCACAUACACGUGUUUAGCAGAUGUUAUUGCGGGUGUAGCGAAAUGCUUGUGCUUCUAGCUCUGACAAUGCAGUAAUAUCUAACAAGUAAUAUCUAACUAUUUCACAACAUAUACCCAAUACACACAAAUCUAAGUAAGGAAUGGAAUUUAAGAAUAUAUACAUACAGUGGGGAAAAAAAGUAUUUAGUCAGCCACCAAUUGUGCAAGUUCUCCCACUUAAAAAGAUGAGAGAGGCCUGUAAUUUUCAUCAUAGGUACACUUCAACUAUGACAGACAAAAUGAGAAUUUUCUUUCAAGAAAAAUCACAUUGUAGGAUUUUUAAUGAAUUUAUUUGCAAAUUAUGGUGGAAAAUAAGUAUUUGGUCAAUAACAAACAUUUCUCAAUACUUUGUUAUAUACCCUUUGUUGGCAAUGACACAGGUCAAACGUUUUCUGUAAGUCUUCACAAGGUUUUCACACACUGUUGCUGGUAUUUUGGCCCAUUCCUCCAUGCAGAUCUCCUCUAGAGCAGUGAUGUUUUGGGGCUGUCGCUGGGCAACACAGACUUUCAACUCCCUCCAAAGAUUUUCUAUGGGGUUGAGAUCUGGAGACUGGCUAGGCCACUCCAGGACCUUGAAAUGCUUCUUACGAAGCCACUCCUUUGUUGCCUGGGCGGUGUGUUUGGGGUCAUUGUCAUGCUGAAAGACCCAGCCACGUUUCAUCUUCAAUGCCCUUGCUGAUGGAAGGAGGUUUUCACUCAAAAUCUCACGAUACAUGGCCCCAUUCAUUCUUUCCUUUACACAGAUCAGUCGUCCUGGUCCCUUUGCAGAAAAACAGCCCCAAAGCAUGAUGUUUCAACCCCCAUGCUUCACAGUAGGUAUGGUGUUCUUUGGAUGCAACUCAGCAUUCUUUGUCCUCCAAACACGACGAGUUGAGUUUUUACCAAAAAGUUCUAUUUUGGUUUCAUCUGACCAUAUGACAUUCUCCCAAUCCUCUUCUGGAUCAUCCACAUGCACUCUAGCAAACUUCAGACGGGCCUGGACAUGUACUGGCUUAAGCAGGGGGACACGUCUGGCACUGCAGGAUUUGAGUCCCUGGCGGCGUAGUGUGUUACUAUUGGUAGGCUUUGUUACUUUGGUCCCAGCUCUCUGCAGGUCAUUCACUAGGUCCCCCCGUGUGGUUCUGGGAUUUUUGCUCACCGUUCUUGUGAUCAUUUUGACCCCACGGGGUGAGAUCUUGCGUGGAGCCCCAGAUCGAGGGAGAUUAUCAGUGGUCUUGUAUGUCUUCCAUUUCCUAAUAAUUGCUCCCACAGUUGAUUUCUUCAAACCAAGCUGCUUACCUAUUGCAGAUUCAGUCUUCCCAGCCUGGUGCAGGUCUACAAUUUUGUUUCUGGUGUCCUUUGACAGCUCUUUGGUCUUGGCCAUAGUGGAGUUUGGAGUGUGACUGUUUGAGGUUGUGGACAGGUGUCUUUUAUACUGAUAACAAGUUCAAACAGGUGCCAUUAAUACAGGUAACGAGUGGAGGACAGAGGAGCCUCUUAAAGAAGAAGUUACAGGUCUGUGAGAGACAGAAAUCUUGCUUGUUUGUAGGUGACCAAAUACUUAUUUUCCACCAUAAUUUGCAAAAAAAAUCAUUAAAAAUCCUACAAUGUGAUUUUCUGGAAAAAAAAUUCUCAAUUUGUCUGUCAUAGUUGACGUGUACCUAUGAUGAAAAUUACAGGCCUCUCUCAUCUUUUUAAGUGGGAGAACUUGCACAAUUGGUGGCUGACUAAAUACUUUUUUCCCCCACUGUAUAUGGACAAGCAACGACAGAGCGGCAUGGACUAAGAUACAGUAGAAUAUUAUAGAAUACAGUAUAUACAUACAGUGGCUUGCGAAAGUAUUCACCCCCCUUGGCAUUUUUCCUAUUUUGUUGCCUUACAACCUGGAAUUUAAAUGAAUUUUUGGGGGGUUUGUAUCAUUUGAUUUAAACAUGCCUACCACUUUGAAGAUGCAAAAUAAAAAUAAAUGUGAAACAAACAAGAAAUAACACAAAAAAACAGAAAACUUGAGCAUGCAUAACUGUUCUGACAAGUUUCCAAGUCCAUGCCAAUUAAAAACAUCCCCACAGCAUGAUGCUGCCACCACCAUGCUUCACUGUGGGGAUGGUGUCCUCUGGGUGAUGAGAGGUGUUGGGUUUACGCCAGACAUAGCGUUUUCCUUGAUGGCCAAAAAGCUCAAUUUUAGUCUAAUCUGACAAGAGUAUCUUCUUCCAUAUGUUUGGGGAGUCUCCCACAUGCCUUUUGGCGAACACCAAACGUGUUUGCUUAUUUUUAUCUGUAAGCAAUGGCUUUUUUCUGGCCACUCUUCCGUAAAGCCCAGCUCUGCGGAGUGUACGGCUUAAAGUGGUCCUAUGGACAGAUUCUCCAAUCUUCGCUGUGGAGCUUUGCAGCUCCUUCAGGGUUAUCUUUGGUCUCUUUGUUGCCUCUCUGAUUAAUGCCCUCCUUGUCUGGUCCGUGAGUUUUGGUGGGCGGCCCUCUCUUGGCAGGUUUGUUGUGGUGCCAUAUUCUUUCAAUUUUUUAAUAAUGGAUUUAAUGGUGUUCCGUGGGAUGUUCAAAGUUUCUGAUAUUUUUUUAUAACCCAACCCUGAUCUGUACUUCUCCACAACUUUGUCCCUGACCUGUUUGGAGAACUCCUUGGUCUUCAUGGUGCCGAUUGCUUGGUGGGGCCCCUUGCUUAGUGGUGUUGCAGACUCUGGGGCCUUUUAGAACAGGUGUAUACAGUGGGGAGAACAAGUAUUUGAUACACUGCCGAUUUUGCAGGUUUUCCUACUUACAAAGCAUGUAGAGGUCUGUAAUUUGUUAUCAUAUGUACACUUCAACUGUGAGAGACAGAAUUUAAAACAAAAAUCCAGAAAAUCACAUUGUAUGAUUUUUAAGUAAUUAAUUUGCAUUUUAUUGUAUGACAUAAGUAUUUGAUCACCUACCAACCAGUAAGAAUUCCGGCUCUCACAGACCUGUUAGUUUUUCUUUAAGAAGCCCUCCUGUUCUCCACUCAUUACCUGUAUUAACUGCACCUGUUUGAACUCGUUACCUGUAUAAAAGACACCUGUCCACACACUCAAUCAAACAGACACCAACCUCUCUACAAUGGCCAAGACCAGAGAGCUGUCUAAGGACAUCAGGGAUAAAAUUGUAGACCUGCACAAGGCUGGGAUGGGCUACAGGACAAUAGGCAAGCAGCUUGGUGAGAAGGCAACAACUGUAGGUUGUUCUCCCUACUGUAUAUACUGAGAUCAUGUGACAGAUCAUGUGACACUUAGAUUGAACACAGGUGGACUUUAUUUAACUAAUUAUAUGACUUCUGAAAGUAAUUGAUUGCACCAGAUCUUAUUUAGGGGCUUCAUCGCAAAGGGGGUGAAUACAUAUGCACGCACCACUUUUCCGUUAUUUAUUUUUUUGAGUUUUUUAGAAACAAGUUAUUUUUUUCAUUUCACUUCACCAAUUUGGACUAUUUUGUGUAUGUCCAUUACAUGAAAUCCAAAUAAAAAUCAAUUUCAAUUACAGGUUGUAAUGCAACAAAAUAGGAAAAACGCCAAGGGGGAUGAAUACUUUUGCAAGGCACUGUAUGAGAUGAGUAGUGCAAGAUAUGAAAACAUUAUUCAAGUGACUAGUGUUCAAUUUCUUAAAGUGGCCAGUGAUUUCAAUAGGCAGCAGCAGCCUCUAAUGUGCUAGUGAUGGCUAUUUAAUGGUCUGAUGGCCUUGAGAUAGAAACUGUUUUUCAUUCUCUCAGUCCCAAUUUUGAUGCACCUGUACUGACCUCGCCUUCUGGAUGAUAGCGGGGUGAACAGGCAGUGGCGCGGGUGGUUGAUGUCCUUGAUGAUCUUUUUGGCCUUCCUGUGACAUCGGGUGCUGUAGGUGUCCUGGAGGGCGGGUAGUUUGCUCCCGGUAAUGUGUUCGGCAGACCGCACCACUCUCUGGAGAGCCCUGCGGUUGCAGGCGGGGCGGUGCAGUUGCCGUACCAGGCGGUGAUACAGCCCGACAGGAUGCUCUCAAUUGUGCAUCUGUAAAAGUUUGUGAGGUUUUUAGGUGCCAAGCCAAAUUUCUUCAGCCUCCUGAGGUUGAAGAGGCUCUGUUGCGCCUUCUUCACCACACUGUCUGCCUGGUUGGACCAUUUCAGUUUGUCAGUGAUGUGUACGCCAAGGAACUUGAAGCUUUCUACCUUCUCUACUGCGGUCCCGUCGAUGUGGAUAGGGGGGUGCACCCUCUGCUGUUUCCUGAAGUCCACGAUCAUCUCCUUUGUUUAGUUGACGUUGAGUGAGAGGUUAUUUUCCUGCCACCACACUCCCAGAGCCCUCACCUCCUCCCUGUAGGCUGUCUCGUCAUUGUUGGUAAUCAAGCCUACUACUGUUGUGUCGUCUGCAAACUUGAUGAUUGAGUUGGAGACGUGUUUGGCCACGCAGUCAUGGGGUGAACAGGGCGUACAGGAGGGGGCUGAGCACGCACCCUUGUGUUGAGGAUCUGCGAAGUGAAGAUGUUGUUUCCUACCUUCACCACCUGGGGGCGGCCCGUCAUGAAGUCCAGGACCCAGUUGCACAGGGCGGGGUUCAGACCCAGGGCCUCGAGCUUAAUGAUGAGCUUGGAGGGUACUAUGGUGUUGAAUGCUGAGCUAUAGUCAAUGAACAGCAUUCUUACAUAGGUAUUCCUCUUGUCCAGAUGGGAUAGGGCAGUGUGCAGUGUGAUGGUAAUUGCAUCGUCUGUGGAUCUAUUGGGGCGGUAAGCAAAUUGAAGUGGGUCUAGGCUGACAGGUUAGGUAGAGGUGAUAUGAUCCUUGCCUAGCAAAAUUGAGUCGUGGUCAGAUUUGCUGAAAGGAGGGCGGGGGAGGGCCCUAUAACCAUCUCGGAAGUUUGAAUAGCAAUGGUCGAGGACUUUAGCAGCCCGAGUACAACAGUCGAUAUGUUGAUAGAACUUCGGCAGUCUAGUCCACAAAUUUGCUUUGUUAAAAUCCCCGGGUACAAUAAAUGCAGCCUCAGGAUAUGUGGUUUCCAGUUUGCAUAAAGUCCAGUGGUACGGCUUGAGGGGGGAUAUACACGGCCGUGACUAUAACCGAAGAAAAUUCUCUUGGGAGAUAAUACGGUCGGCAUUUGAUUGUGAGGUAUUCUAGGUUGGGUGAACAAAAGGACUUGAGUUCCUGUAUGUUACUACAAUUACACCAUGAGUCGUUAAUCAUGUAACACACACCUCCGCCCAUCUGCUUCCCGGAGAGAUAUUUAUUUCUGUCUGCGCGAUGAUCUGAGAACCCAUCUGGCUGGACCGAUUUCGACAGAAUAUCUCCAGAGAGCCAUGUUUCCGUGAAACAAAGUAUGUUACAGGCCCUGAUGUCUCUCUGUAAAGAAAUCGUUGCCUGAGCUCGUCGAUCUUGUUAUCCAAAGACUGAACAUUAGCGAGUAGUAUACUUGAAAGCGGUGGAUGGUGUGUGCGCCUCCUAAAUCGAACCAGCAGGCCGCUCCGAGUGCCUCUCCUCCGCCGGCGAUGUUUUGGGUCAGCCGCUGGAAUCAGUUCAAUUGCCCUGGGGAGAGCAAACAAAGGAUCUGCUUCGGGAAAGUCGUAUUCCUGGUUCCUGAUCAGGUCACAUUCUCAGGAAAAAUAUGAGGCCCUACUCACACUGUAUGACUCAGACCUGAGCACAGCACAGAUACAGCCGAUGCACAGUAUUGUACCUCUGAUGCUGGAUAAAGAUAAUGUGGUUGUUUGUAUGCUAAUUGGGGAGAACAGAACUCCUCAUUCUCUUAGCUGCAAUAACACCAUCUCUGGCUGGUCUCGGCAUCAAAUGUGGCCCCUGGCAAUUCCCCAAACACUCCAUUCAGUGGAAACGACAGCAAUGUUUUCAUAGCCAAUUGACCUACUCAAUGAGAUGUACAGAUUGCUGUUAGUUUGUUACACAUUAAACAUUCUGACACUGCUGCCUGAAUAGGUGAUUUUUACGGACAACAUCAUGGUAAAUGGAUAGAGUGUAGCAGUAUGUGGUGUGUAUAGGGUAAAGACAUGGAAACAGGUGUAGUAAUAGUGUGUGAUUUAACAGCGAAUACAUGCUCUGUAUUUCAGAAUAGCACAGCUGUAUGUCAUCGCCUACCUACCUGCAGUGCCAGUGAGUCAUCUGUUUUAUCUAACACCCACUUGUUUAGAGUGGCUUCAAUUUUGUCUGAGUUUUCAACUCGCUGGCUCCACUAACCUAUUCUUAUCAGAUGAAUAGUACAUUUAGUGUUUUCUCAUUAAAUUGCAUAAAACAUACUCUUCUCCCUGUCUUUCUAAUUUACUCUGUAUCUCUUUCUUUCAGGCUAUUUUCCUACAUCAACUUCAGGCUUCUUAUCUCCAGAACCAGGUACACUGACCGUGCUGCUGUGCUACAAAUGACUUGUUUUGUUCCUCACACCUCAUCGCAUCCCUAGAAAUGAGAAUGAAUAGAACAGCCUUGGAAGCUCUAACCCUGGCAAUUGACUGGUAAACUCAUAGGUACACUCGCAAUGGCUGCCUGGUAUUGUGAUGCAAUAAUUUUCAUGGUAUUUUGGAAUGUUCUAUCAAGUGAUGCUGGAUUGCCAUGGUAAUGUAGAAUAUUCAUUCAUUUUACAUUGUAGUCAUUUAGCAGACGCUCUUAUCCAGAGCAACUUACAGUUAGUGAGUGCAUACAUUUUCCUACUGGCCCCCCGUGGGAAACGAACCCACAACCCUGGCGUUGCAAGCGCCAUGCUCUACCAACUGGUCCUCUGUAGCUCAGCUGGUAGAGCACGGCGCUUGUAACGCCAAGGUAGUGGGUUCGAUCCCCGGGACCACCCAUACACAAAAAUGUAUGCACGCAUGACUGUAAGUCGCUUUGGAUAAAAGCGUCUGCUAAAUGGCAUAUUAUUAUUAUAUUAUAGCUACAGGAGACUAAUGAUGCUAACUGAUGUGGCUCAUGCAAUGGAAUGUAUUUUUUGUAAUGUCAGUUGAGUUGACUCAACAAAUCACAGCACAGAUUGAAGGGUACACUUCCUGAUUUUACUUCCUGGCAUGGGUACACUCAACAUGGCUGCCAGUCCACCCAUUAUGCCAUCAUUGACUUGAAUGGAGAUGUCCUUUCUAUUCAUUCUUAUUUCUAUGAUAGCAUCCUCAUCCCAGUCUCUUGUGUCAUCUGAGUUAAGGAGUAAAACAGCCAUCUAGGAGUGCAGUAAUCUAGGUUAGGUGGGAAUCUGAUGUCUAUGAUCAUAUCAACUAGUGUGUUUCUGUGCUCAGGGGAUAAUACUGCCUCAGAUGUACACAGCAGCCGCGGCCAACAUCGCCAAUGUGGUGACAAACUAUAUCCUGCUCUACUGGAUGGACCUGGGAGUUAUGUAGGUGUGCUCACACAAGAAACAUUGAUAACAGUGCCAUAUUCUUAACAGUCAGUAAUGUAGUUAGAGUAUCAAUUAUGUACCAACUACUGUAAUUAUGCAAUGCUCAUUAUCAAUUCAUGGAGUGUGUGUUUUUGUUUGUGUGUUUGUUUUAUAGAGGGUCUGCAGCAGCUAAUACGCUUUCCCAGCUCUACAUAUGUUCUUUCUUGUUUGCUUACAUUUGUUGGAAGAAGCUACAUGUGAAAACAUGGGGAGGUAAGAGAAAGUCCAUCCCUCUGAUUGUGCCUGAUGAAUGUGACCCAUUGAAAUAGACCGGUUUGUGUUGGGAUGAACAGGCCUUUGUCUCCCCCUACAGGUUGGACCACAGAAGCACUGCAGGAGUGGGGCUCUUAUAUGAAACUGGCCAUCCCAAGUACACUGAUGUUAUGUUUCGAAUGGUGGAUCUAUGAGCUUGGGGGAUUCCUUGCAGGUACACUUCAGCUCUUAAGGUUAACACCAAUGAACCAAUGAGCAGUCACAUUGAAAAGGCCAAAACAACCAUAUCUAUGUAACAUCCAUCUCUGCAUUCUUCCCCCUCUCUCUUUCCUUCUCUCUUUCUCAGGCAUGCUGAGUGAAGUGGACCUGGCUGCUCAACAUGUGGUCAUAAUGCUGGCUUUCAUCAACUACAUGGUACUGUGUACAGACCUCUUUACACACCCACUCUAACAUUUAGUCCUAUCAUGGAAACCAAACGAAACCCAAUGCCCUGGUUAUCCAGUCCAAAUAAGUUGAAGAAUAACCCAAAAUAAUAAUAAUAAUAAUAUGCCAUUUAGCAGACGGUUUUAUCCAAAGCGACUUACAGUCAUGCGUGCAUACAUUUUUUUUUUUUGUAUAUGUACUGUACAUAUAGGCUACAGAUCAACAUUAAAUCUGAGUCAAAAGCAGACAUUAACUUUGUUUGAGCAUGCCCUGGCUAUGCAGUCCAAAUUCUAAUAGGUUGAAGAAUAACCCAAAAUGUACUGUAAAUGUAGGCUACAGGUCAAAGUAAAAUCUGACGCAAAAGCACACAUUAACUUUGUUUGAGGCAUGGUUAGACUAAGACAGCAAGCUGUUUAUGAGGCAUCUCGUUAACGUGUUGUGUUGUGUGGGUAAAGUUCCCCCUGGGGAUCCAGGCUGCAGCAUGUGUUCGUGUGGGGAAUGCCCUAGGGGCCGGAGACACAGCCGGGGCCAUCCUCACCAGCAAGGUGUCCCUCGCCCUCGCAGGUCAGUCACACACUCACUCUAGCUCAUAUGGCCCUUAUUUCAACCAUCACAACUACAGUAAACUAUGGUGAACUAAAAUGAUAAUAAUUACGUUGACAAACUAGUACUUAUUUUGCAGUAGUGCAUGUAUUUUCCUCCAUCUCAUGCUCUAGGUUCAAUGGCAGUAAUUCAGGGAAUCGUGCUGAUCUCUACUAAAACAGUGAUCGCCUUCAUGUUUACUUCUGAUGAGUAAGUAGAGUGUACAUAUAGUCAACAUAAUGAAUCAAAUCAAGACAGUCACAAAUUGGAACUUGACCAUCUCAAUAACGAUUAUGUCUUUCCUUUUCAGGCAGAUAAUAGAUCUGGUCGCUCAACUUCUCAACGUGUACUGUGUCCUUCAGUUCUUUGAUGGGCUAGUGGUAAGUGCACUCAAGUGGUUUGUAACCAUUGAAAAAAGGAAUAACAUUUUAUACAAUAGUACUGCUACAGUUAAAUCAUUAAUAGUACUGCUAAAUCAUUAAUAUACAGCGGAAUAAGGGAGAUAGUCUGUGUAAUUUUCCAGGACCCGGGAACACUGGUUGAAUGAGUUAUAAGACAUGAAACGUGGUGACAGCCAACACUGUUUGUCUCUCUCUGUAAACACCCACUAAUCUGAGAUUUGUCUGUCUGUCCCAGUGUGUGUGCAUGGGCAUCAUCCUGGGCACGGGCAAACAGAAGAUAGCAGCAAUGGCUAAUCUCAUCACCUACUACUGUGUGGGCCUUCCACUGGGCAUCUCUUUGAUGUUCGCAGCUGGCCUUAGGGUCCUAGGUAUGUACUCAUUUUUAUGAAAACCAAACAUAAUUUUAGACUUCCUUUUGAAGACCAGAGGUCUUUGCUCAUGCUUACUGCCUUGCCACAUACUUGCAACAGAAGUAUGGUCAUGAUCAAAUUGCUUUCACUAGCAAUCAAGAACAUGAAUAGCGGGGGUAUUCUGUAUUGAAGAUGACACAAUGUUCUGUGUCUUUGGUCAAAGCCAGUCUAACCUCCUCUCCUCUCCUCUCCUCUUCUCUGUUCUCCUCUCCUGCCCUCUCCUAUUCUCUGUUCUCCUCCCCUCUCCUAUUCUCUGUUCUCCUCUCCUAUUCUGUUCUUCUCUCCUCUCCUCUCCUCUCCUCUCCUCUCCUCUCCUCUUCUCUUCUCUUCUCUUUUCUUUUCUCUCUUCUCCUCGCAUAUUCUCUGUUCUCCUCUCCUCCCUCUACUCAGGGUUCUGGUUAGGCCUGUUCAUCUGUGUCAUUCUACAGUCCACCUUCUUCAUCACUGUCAUCUUCAGGCUCAACUGGAAGAGAAUGACAGAGAAGGUAGGUCACCAAUGGCUUUUCACUUCCCUAUCUGGAACAUACAGGGGCUCAGGUGAUUGAGAGACUGACAGCACACACCUCUAUCUUUAUGGUUUCUAUGAAGCAUAGUAGUCGCCUGGGGCGGGUGAAGGAAAUUGUUUGCUGUCAAUUGAAAGCAUCAUGGAGUUGAUCUGUUUGUGACAGGCUGUGAAACGAGCUGGAAAGGCUGGACAUAUGGUGUCAAUGAGGAGUAUAGUUGCACCUGACCACACAGAGAACAAUGGGAGGGUGAGUAGAAACAUGUUGCUCAGUCCUAUGUUUUAUAUUAUUUAUACUAUACUCUUUCGAAUAACAUUGUUCUAACCCAGAUUGUGCCUGCUUCCACACCCAGACAGUGAAUGGAUACAUUUUAGUGAGUGCUGAGGGCCAGGGUCACCUCAGGGGAAGCAAUAGGACCCCAGAGGUGCAGAGGGAGGAUGGGAGCCCCAGUGGACUGCUUUCCACCACCCAGCUGGUCCUGAGGAGAGGUCUCACUCUACUGGCUGCCAUUGUCAUCCUGGCUGUGGGGACCAGUGUCCAUCUUCUCCUGCCUCUACCAAUCAGCUCAUGGAGCAAUCUGAGUGUAGACUGGAGCAAUACUACCUUUACCACUACCUCCCCCCCUGAAUUGGUCCCGUCAACAGUUCUCAUCUAAGAAUAAUACCUGGGGGAACCAGAACAGACCCUGUAGCAAGGCAAUUAAGUCAUAGACGUGCUGUGUCAGUGAAUCUGUUAUUACACAAAUUAUUACACCUGAAACAGCUUUUUCCUUCAAUCUAGAGCCAUAAU